AUGGAAAAGAAGCUAAUGAUCAUCGACACCGAUUGCGGCAUAGACGAUGCUCAGGCAAUAAUGAUGGCGUUGGCGGCGCCUAACAUCCACAUCCUGGGCGUCACCUGCGUGUUUGGGAACACGGCGGUCGACAAUGUGUGUCAGAAUGUUUUGAGGGUGCUCUCAGUCUGUGAGCGUAACGGGAUUCCAGUGUUUCGAGGUUCUGCUGGCCCUCUGGUUGGAGCGGGAAACUCACCCACUGACCACUUUGGAAGUGAUGGACUCGGAGAUGUGAUAAAGGAGAAAGAUCCUCGUUGGGAGGAGAAAAUCAAAAAGGAGCAUGCAGUUAGCGCAAUGAUAAGACUGGUGUCCGAAAACCAGAACCAGGUCUCCUUGGUGGCUCUUGGCCCGCUCACUAAUCUGGCGCUGGCGGUCAGACUUGACCCCCGUUUUCCCCAAAAGCUCAGGGACCUGUACAUCAUGGGCGGCAACAUGGAAGGAAAAGGAAACGUGACUCUGUGUGCAGAGUUUAACUUUGCCAUGGAUCCAGAGUCGGCCUAUAUCGUUCUUGAGGAGUUCCUCUGUCCUACCUACCUGGCAUCGUGGGAAUAUGCGUGCAGAAACGCACUGGCGUGGGAAUUCCUUGAGGAGCUCGUCAAUCAGGACGCUCCAGCUGCACGCUUCAUGAAGAUGAUAACGUCUAAAUGCUGGGCUUAUUCCAGAGAGGCCAUGAUGACUAAGAGAGACGUGUACUUUGGGCCGGGCUUUGUCUCCUAUGAUUCCUACGCGAUGGCGGCCUGCAUCGACCGCAGCGUGGUGACGGAGAGCAUCGAGUGUCCCGUCCGCGUGGAGCUCCAGGGCUCCAUUGCUCGAGGCAUGUUGGCGCUGGAUCGCACAAAUCAGCUGAAGAAGAGCCACAGCGUGUUUGUGUUGACUAAAUGUGACACAGCCAAGUUCAGCGAGCUUCUGAAGGAGUCCCUCAGACAGCCCUGCAAGAAGUAAAGUCUGGACUUCCUUCAUUUAACUGCUGCAUCACUAAGUGCCCUUUGACCUUUUACUGACAUCAUUUUAUAGCC